AUGGCGCCAGAGCCGUCGCCGAACCACGCAGAGUCAUUUCCUUGGCAUAUCGGAGUUUUCGACGCUCACAAUCACAUUGGCGAGCGUGUAAACUCGAUAUCCGAGUUACCAAAGAUGAAAUCCCGUGCCGUAGCAAUUAUGGCAACGCGAACCCAAGAUCAGCCUCUUAUCGCGUCGAUCGCCAAAACACACGGAGCAAAAGGCCCAGAGUGCUUUGCCGAGAACAAAACGACCGUUAUCGCGGGCUAUGGAAGGCAUCCAUGGUUCUCCCACGAAAUAUUUGACGAUUCAUUAGAGUCUCCGACAUAUGUGCCGUCCAAAGACGUCGAGACUGCGAAAGCGCAGCACUACAAGGCAGUGCUCUCACCAGCUCCAACCGAUCCAACUUUCUGGCGCGAUCUCCCAGUACCAAUUGCACUCUCUACUUUCAUUGCUGAGACUAGAGCACGAUUGAUCGAAGACCCGUGCGCCAUGGUCGGAGAGAUUGGUGUGGAUAAACCCUUCCGAUUGCCUAUGCAGUGGACGGAUCCCAGGCCGGAGCCUGAUCCAGAUCGGACACCAGGAGGUCGUCAGAGGAGACCGCUGAGUCAACAUCGCAUUAAUAUUACUCAUCAGAAAGCUGUGUUCAUGGCACAUCUUAAACUGGCAGGGGAGCUUGGAAGACCCGUUAGUGUUCAUGGUGUGCAAGUUCAUGGGAUUAUUUACGAUGCCUUGACAGAGUGCUGGAAGGGCCAUGAGCUUCGCGGCCGGCGCUCAAGGGACAAAGAGAAGAAAGAGGGAAAGGCUGAACAACAGGUGGGAGAUGCUCCAAAACCAUACCCUCCACGAAUCUGUCUUCACUCCUUCAGCGGUAAAUCCGACGCGGUGAAACAAUAUCUUAAACCAUCCAUCCCGGCCAAGAUCUUCUUCUCAUUCUCAAAGACAAAUAAUAUGAGAUCGGAUGAGGAGAGAAAAAAGGCGGAAGAUGCGAUAAGGAUAGUGCCGGAUAAUCGGAUACUGGUUGAGAGCGAUCUCCAUACGGCUGGCGAGAGGAUGGAUAGUGAACUUGAGGAGAUGUACCGUGUGAUUUGUGAAGUCAAGGGAUGGAGUUUAGAAGAAGGCGUUAAAAAGAUUGCUGAGAAUUAUCGGGAGUUCAUCUUCGGUUGA